UUUUUGCACGGGGAAGGCGGGACCGUAUUAGCCGGGCAGGGCGUUCUUUUUGCGGUCACAGACAGCGUAGACGUGCUAGGGGUGGGUCUUUCUUGGCAAAGGAAAACCCACCUUUUUCAUUGUUUGGAUGUCGAAGGAAUGUGAUGGUUUGAUCUUGCGGCGCAAGGGAGGGGGUGAGAGAAGGAACUAGCGCGGACCCUACUGAGAGAACUGCUCGGUUCAGUCCUCAAAAAGUCAAAAUCGACUGAGUAGUUUUCCGAGUGCUACCUCACGGACGCUGACUCGGCCUGAAGACUGGUGGGAAUUGUCAACGCUUUCCCGAGUGAUCAAGAAACUCUGGGUUUUAACAGCUUGUCAUGUGGACAGGGAUCUUACCCUUGAGAGAGCCCAUGGAUUACUUUGGGAAUUUUACAGUUCAUGAACUGGGUGAUCAAAACUAACACGGAUUACCUGUGACAGUGGGGACAAAAAGUGAGAACUUCCUCCUGAGGAGUAGAAGGGUAGACAUAGGGAGCUGAACUUCAAGUCAGUUCUUUAUUAUUUCUGCUUGGAAUCCCAAACUACCUUGAAAACACCACCAUACAAAUGUGUACCUCUCCAUCAAACAACCAUAAAACCCACACAGUAGAUUAGUAUCAGAUAGAAAAAUGACAGAAACAUCAAAUCGCCACCUGAGACAUAAAUUGCAGAGCUUGGGACGACGUCUAGAUGAGCUUGAGGAGGCCAAAAGCAAAUUGCAGAAAGCUGAAGAUGAACUUCUUGAAAUUCAGGACAAAAUCAUUCAGGCUGAGGGGAGUAAUUCCUCACUCCUGUCUGAUGUGGAGGCAAUGCGGAAGAGAUUGCUCAGAAUUGAAGGCAAAGAUGAGGAAGUACGGAAGGCAGAAGAUCUUUGUCGUGAGGUUAGGGAGAAACUAGAUCAGGAGGAGAAACUUGCCAUGGAUCUUAAGGUGGAGAUCGAGCGACUUCAGCGUAGAAUGUCGGAAGUUGAAAAGCUUGAAGAGGCUUUUGGCAAAAGCAAGUCAGACUGUACCCAGUUGUGCCUUAGUCUUAAUGAGGAGAAAAACUUGACCAAAAAGCUCUCCUCAGAGCUUGAAACCUUAAAGACUCAUGUAAAGGAGUUAGAUACCUCUGAAGCUCGACUGGACAGGGCAGAAAAAACUCUUACUGCAGAAAUGGAGAAACUCAAGAGCCUUACCCAGACAUUUGUCACUGAACGCAAAAAGCUGCUGGAAAGGCAGAGAGAGGAUGAGAAAAUCAUACUUAAGCUGACCGAGAAACUUGAACGUCAGAAAAACAAACUAGGCACAGCGGAUAACAGUCAAUUUCAUUCUAGAGACAUUCGAAUUGAAGAUGAGUUUUCAACCAGCAAACUGGCAAGGAAGAAAAGUUUGGACUACUUGAAGCAUACAGAUGAUAUAGAUUUAAGAAAUGAGUCAGAGAAUGAGAAAAAUUGCCUAGAGGGACAGGAAGAUAAUAAAGUUAAGGAUCUCAGCCAAGAAGUGGAAAGGCUAAAAAAUCGUUUGAAACAGCUAGAAUUAGUGGAGGAGGACUUGAAGAACAUGGAAUCCAAGAAUACAGAGCUUAUAGAAAAGUACCAGCAGGAACGGAGCCGUAAUCAAACUUUGAAUGACCAGGUUGAGCAGAUGAAAUUGCAGCUAGCUGGUUGCAGCAAUCAUAAUGGAAACCCUCCAGUUACCAGCACUACAAAAGUCGUGGAGAAUGGUAAAGCUGAAAAUGAGGAAAUUAACGUACGAGGAGGCUUCAGACAGGAAAAACCUACAUUGCUAAACAGGAGUCCUGCUACUGAACCAGUCACCUCAAAGUACAGAAGCAGAGAUGGGUCUCCUCAGCAGAGGAAAGAGACCAAGCUGAAAAAUAAAGACCUUUCUCACUCCACAGAGAGCUCCCCAAAGACUGUACGAAGGGCACUUAGUCCAGCACACAAUGUCAGGAAAGUUUUGAGAACUGGCAGUUCUGAUUCUAACAAUGGGACAAAAGAAAAACUUGCAAGUGCCACACAGUCAUCAAGCAACAUCAGUGAAAGCAAGAAAGUGUCAGUCCUUAGUCGCUAUCCUCCUGCUGCCAAUGACAAGAAGUCUUGGAAGUCAACAGUCAAGCAAAAUGACAGUGAUAGCCAAAAGAGUCAAACUGAAAAGUUUUCCAGAUACCAUGGAAGUGAUAGUGAAUCUAGUAGUUCUGAUGUGGCCAAUUUAAUUUCAGCCAGGGCUUCUAGCAUUGCCUCGCCUGACAAAGGAUUAUCUGAUCAAGAGAGUUUAGCGAACUCACAGGAUUCUUCUGGAAUGUUGAGUCUGUCAAAAGCAAAUGGAUCAUUUACUGCCUACAGAUCCCAUGUGUCUUCAUCUGCUCUCAGCGAUCAUGGUUCAGAUGGUCACUCCUCAGCCUCAGAAACUGAAUCCACCGGCUCUAGGCGAUCAGUGGGUGAGCAGAGUGACACUUUAAUGCAAAGUACAAGUGUAAGAACAUCAUCGGUUUACCCUAGAUACUCACGUCUGCAAGAUGGCACCCCAAAGGGCACUCUCAGUGAGGACCAACCUAUGCCUCAUUUGACAGAAAGGGAAACUCAGGAGACUGUACACGCCACUUCAGGUAUUGAGGUCCGGAGGGUUUGCAGUCCUCGUGAAGCUCUUCGAUCAAAAGCUAUCAUCCAGCAAGCAAUCUAUGAAAGUGACAGAAAGGAAAUGAUGUCAGGGGGAGUCACAGAGCCUUUGCCAAUCAGUGGGAAACCCAAGAUUUCUGCCAAACCAGCGGUGUCCAACAAGAUGACCAGCAGCAUCACCUUUUAUCCCAAUGACCCCAGCUCUUCUCGAACAAGCAGUCGGAGCAGCAGUUUAUCAAGUGAGCCCUCUAAAGAACGGCACACUUCCACCAGUAAUAUUGUUAUAAGCCCCAGCAUUGAACACAGAGGCAGCUUUUCUAUACCUUAUGAGAUAUCCAUACCUAAGAGUGAGAUCACUCUGCAUCAAAGUAAUACUGAUGCUGACUUCUCUGAACCUCUUCGUUUCAUGGAGACUGCUCCUAUGGAGGCAACACUCUUGUCUCAAAGCAGCUACAGCCUCCAGUCUUCAGAUACCCCAGACUUUAACAAUGAUGAGUCCGGGUUUGAGAGCACCAUUGCUACGACCAGUUGGAAAAGUCAGAGUCACAACCACCACUCAUAUGAUGACAGUUUGCCAGAAAUGAGAAAUGUCACCGUGAGAAGCACUUGGAAAAGCCGUGGGACAGCUUCUCUCGAUGAAUAUGGCCGACCACUAAGGCAAGAUGGCUCAGAGGAUGAGUCUGAGUCUGCCACCACAUGGAAAGCGUAUAGAGCAACUACAGUGUUAGAUAGUUCAUCAAACUCCAAUGUUCAAUUGAACUAUGGAGGUAAACCAUCCCCUGCCGAGGUAUAUAUGCGUAGGAUUGGCAAUACUUCUGUACCUGAGCCAGGACGAAGGCCCAGAAAAACUCCAUCGCCAGAAAGGGCCAUUGCACAUGAGCCUGUCAGUGCUCAGCAACUUCAGCCAAGAAACCGCAAAGCCAUGUCUGUAGAUGAUCGAGAAUCUUCUCUCUUUUGGAGGCGACAGCCACCUGGUGACGUGGACCCAUAUGAGAGACCUGGGAGUCGUGAAACAUGGUCCAGCAGAGGCCGUUCCAUCGAUGGGAGCCGCUUGUAUUCGAACCGCCAUCAAGACAACUGACCCGGAUUACAGACAGUUUCAGAGAUCUUCCAUCUCAAAAUGGGUCUCUGAGCAGAAGGAACGAAGGUCAGCUCAUCUCUUCCUAUAGUUACGCCGCGUCUAAAAGACUCACCAGCUUCAAUGAUUUCUAGACCUAAAGGACCCCGGGAACCUCAGAUUACUCUUACACCAGCCACAUCUGUAUGAAUCCACUGUCAUCCAGCUGUCACAUGUUCCUACACCAACGAAUCCUCUUCUGCUUCCCGUAGUGUAUUAAGUCGUCGGAUGUCGUGACAAGGGAGAGGUGGAUGGACAUGUAAUGAUAGGAGGAUUGGGCCACACAGACACCGAUCUUAGUAGAUGUCCAAACUUGAUUUUUUUUUGUUUUGUUUUAUUCUAACAAGGAGCAAGUUACCGCUCGUGGCUUUUCAUUUCGUUUGACAAUCUCACACGUUUUGUUCAUUUUUCAUUUUCGCAGCAUGAUGCUUAAUUCAGGAAUUAAUUGGGAUUAUAUAUAAUUUUGCAUGUUGACAACCAGAGUCAAACCAUAAAUUUAAUCUAUAUAUUUAUAUACGAAUGCCCAGUUCAUCCUGAAAACAUCUGGUGUUUUAUUAUCACACAACCAAAUUUAUUUUAUCCAAUUUGUAAUUUGCUCCUUGUAUCUGAUCAAGUCCCUCUUGUUAGUAUUGUUCUGGUAUUAUUAGUGCUACACUUUAUUUUCUCUCUAACUGGAUUUGGUGGAUUUGAUGGUCCCCAUAACCAGCAUUAUAAAUGAACAGGACCACCACAUGGCUUAAGGAAUUCUGGGAAGCUGGAAAACACAUCUGUAUGUCCCUUCCCUGCUCCAGUAGCUCCGACUUCGGAUCCCAACGCUGGAGAAUAAUCAUAAACUUGCGUCGUAGGUCCACGGUGUGACCUCGUGCAGAACAUCUAAGCAGGAUUAACCCAAAUGCUGGACAUUUCUGGAGGAUUUUAAGAAUGGCCACUCCGGGAUUCCCCAGGAAAAUUUGCACAGAAAGACAUCGAUACAAACUCUCAUGUGCUGAGCACUCAGUUAUAGGAAACCAGUGUUUGGGAUUUUGAUAGUCCGUGUCAGCCCCCAGACGGGUCGUGUUUUUGUAUGUUAUUUCAGCUGUAUAGCUUGUCGAGCCUUAGGGGUGGGUAGCAUGACACCACAGAAGAUCCAGCAUGCCAUGGAUAAAUGGCCAAAACCUUGGAAAAAUCGGAAUGCCCGUCAUGCACCUUUUGAAAUAUUAUUGAAUAGAUAUGCUGAGGUACUGUACCUUGUAGUUUUUAAAGCCCAGUACAGUUUGGGAAGCUGUCGAGAGGCAGCAUCGGGUCCUCAAGAGUCCGUCUGUAUCUCUCAUCUACUGCUGUGGCAUGUUUAAACCCCGUGGUGAUACCGAAGGGUCCAUAAUCCCUCAGGCCGCUCCAAUUUCACUGGAAUGUGGGAUAUUUUAUGUUUUGUCUUGUUUUAAUCUGAUGCUGUACGUGUAAUGGGUUGAUGUUCGUGUGGACAGGGUCGGUCUUUUAUGUUUUCUCUCUUUGCAGCAUACGGUUAUGGCUUUAAACAAAUCCGCACCCCACAAUCAUGGUCAGUUCUGUUUCGUUCUGGGUCUGUGUGUGAUGUACAGUCCGUCCGGGUUCAGCCAGACGGAUGGAAACGAAAAUGGAUGUUGUUGUGUAUUAUUCAUUUUAUUUAAGUCAUUCUAAUGAAUUUGUAACUGCACUUAAAUCAUUAAAACAGUCUUAUAAGUAAAAACCAAAACAAGGUCCAGGUCCUUGUGAAAACGGGUCAUUUCUUAUUUAAAAAUACAUCACUGUAUAUACAAGAAACCCCAAGUUUAUAAAAGCGUCUGAGACAGACAAAACAUUUUCCGUUUUCUCUUUGGCUAUACCAAGUCAUAUUUAUUUUAUUUAGUUGUUCAAUAACUCUUUGGGAAGCACUUUGGCUUUGUACUUCACAGACUCGUCCUUAGACUUUCCUCUCUCUCCAAAUGCAUAUCCCAGACUUCACCUUUGCUUCCUGCUCAGAGGUCUUGCAAUCAUGCUGUCUCCUGUAUCUCCUGUACCCCUGACUUCCCAAAAUACCCCAGUGCUCUGAACCGCUGUAAUCCAAUCUUCUAGCCAUUUUAUUGGCUGAUAUAUGGCCCCCAGGUUUAUCCCAGGUCAGAGGCCACCAUUACAUUUGAUGUCCCUUAGUCUGGGGGGUUAUAAGUUCAGAGGGUUUUUGGGAUCAGGAACAAGGAAACAAAGUGGGUGAUGUGUGAGCUUCAGCGUGUUGGGAUGGCAUCCAAAUAGCGCCAAGAGGGUGAACCAAGAGCAAUGCUAUUCCCAAAUUCUAUACGAAGUCUUUCCAUAAUAAAAUCGGUAGUCAGACUUUAUUCUCACUAUCGAAGCUAAGAUGGGAUUUUAAAGAAAAGACCGGAAGAAAGAAAAUCAGUAGUCGCACUCAAAGCUGGUCAUUGUUUUCAAAUUGGAGCAUGACCCAGGUGACCAACGUGAUGAUAUAGUGCAAGCCUGUACAGUUUUAAAAACUGGCCAUAUAAAGGUCUCUCAGCUGCUCCGUGGGUUCUGCAAACCACAGCCGUCGGAAACUGUAGAUUUUACAGCUUGCGAGACAACUCCAGAGACGGGUUUUUUUCAAAGAGAUCUUUUUUAUAGGGAUGUACCGUAACCGCAGUUCUCCUGGAAUCCUUUCUUGUUUUCUAACUCCAUUCACUAAAGUGUGUCAGUGUGCCGUCCAAAGUCAUCUAACACAUGUAUCUGAUUUUCAUUCCUCCGCCACUGUCCAAGGCUUCACCUCGGUGUGGAAAUGAUCACUGGGAGGUUGGGUUACGCAUCUCAGAAGAAACAUGGAGUUUACAAGCAGAUCAGAUGUUAUAAAGUGAAGUGCGGCCCGACCCAUCUUGUUUACAGAUGCGUUUUGCAUAUUUGAAGAAUUAAGCCCAAUGAAACUUGUUUUUUGAUCAACCUCACUUGGUUUUAAACCAAUACGACUUUAUUUAUUCUGUGAAAUUAAUUUAGAAGAAUACAGAUGCUGUAUUUUCAACGCUAUCUCAUUGCAAUUUGUACGUAUUUUACGAGGUUGCUAAUUCGUAUUAACUUGUACGACCGCAUUCGUACAUUUUCGUGCAAUUUCCCUUGACCCCUGUGACGUUGAGGUUAGGGGUGGAGUUUCAUUAUCGUUUUUAUAAUAAUCACGUUUUUGCAGGGUUAACUUCAUACGCAUUCAUACAAAUUAGCCAACUUGUAAAAUAUGUACAAAUUCUCGUGAGAUCAGGCUGGAAUUUUUAUGUAGUGAAUAUAGGUCAUGACUGAAAGUAAUAAAGUUGUGCAGAUUUGCAAAGACGAGGGCAUGCAAUGAAUUUUCAGCCUGAUAUCAUGUUAUUUCGUACGUAUUUUACGAGGUGGCUAAUUCAUAGUUACUUUUCUUGUACGACGGCAUUCGAAUAUUUUUGUUCAAUUUCCCUUGACCCCCGUGACGUUGGGGUUAGGGGUGGGGUUUCGUUAUUGUUUUUUAUAAUAAUCACAUGUUUUGCAUGAUUAACUUCGUACGCAUUUAUACAAAUUAGCCAACUUGUAAAAUAUUUAAAAAUUCUUGUGAGAUCAGGCUGGAAUUUUUAUGUAGUGAAUGUAGGUGGCAACUGAAAGAAAUAAAGUCGUACAGAUUUGCAAAGACGAAGGCAUAUGAUGAAUUUUCACCCUGAUAUCAUGUGAUUUCAUACGUAUUUUAUGAGGUGGCUAAUUCAUAUUAAUUUAAACGACUGCAUUUGUUCAUUUUUGUGCAAUUUCCCUUGACCCCUGUGACAUUGGGGUUAGGGGUGAGGUUUCGUUAUUGUUUUUUAUAAUAAUCAAAUUUUUUGCAUGAUUAACUUCAUACGCAUUUAUACAAAUUAGCCAACUCGUAAAAUAUGUAAAAAUUCUCGUGAGAUCAGGCUGGUAUUUUUAUGUAGUGAAUGCAGGUGGCGACUUAAAGAAAUAAAGUCGUACAGAUUUGCAAAGACAAGGGCAUACGAUGAAUUUUCAGCCUGAUCUCAUGGAAAUUCAUACAUAUUUAUGAGGUGGCUAAUUCGUAUUAACUUGUACGACUGCAUUUGUUCAUUUUCGUACAAUUUCCCUUGACCCCUGUGACAUUGGGGUUAGGGGUGGGGAUUCGAUAUUGUUUUUUAUAAUAAUCAUGUUUUUGCAUGAUUAACUUCGUACACAUUCAUACAAAGUAGCCAACUCGUAAAAUAUGUAAAAAUUCUCGUGAGAUCAGGCUGGUAUUUUUAUGUAGUGAAUGCAGGUGGCGACUGAAAGAAAUAAAGUCGUACAGAUUUGCAAAGACGAAGGCAUACAAUGAAUUUUCAGCCUGAUCUCAUGGGAAUUCGUACGUAUUUUAUGAGGUGGCUAAUUCGUAUUAACUUCUACAACCGCAUUUUUAUAUAUUUUCGUGCAAUUUCCCUGGACCCCUGUGACGUUGGGGUUAGGGGUGGGGUUUCGUUAUUGUUUUUUAUAAUAAUCACGUUUUUGCAUGAUUAACUUCGUACGCAUUCAUACAAAUUAGCCAACUCGUAAAAUAUGUACAAUAUUUUAUGUAGGGAAUGUAGGUGGCGACUGAAAAAAAUAAAGUUGUACAGAUGAAUUUUCAGCCUGAUCUCAUGGGAAUUCGUACAGAUUUUACGAGUUGGCCAAUUUGUACGAAGUGAAUCAUACUAAUGCGUACGAUUAUUAGAAAUAAAACAACAAUGAAACCUCACCCCAACGUUACAGGGGCAAAAGCAAAUCGUACAAAUUAGCAACCUCACGAAAUGUGUAUGAAUUGCCGUAAGAUUGUGUUGGAAUUUUAUUUUAUAUUAAGCAAAAUUUAUUUAAAAUAAAAAACAUCUUUCUGCCCCAAACCUUUUCCGCAUUUUGCUUUCAUUUUAGAAAAAUUAAAUCUAUGUAUGAUAGCAGUUAGUAAACAUUACCAUUGUCAAAGUCUGAGAUUUGGUGAUGACUUAAUGGUUUUUAAUAACUAUUUUUCUAAGUUUUAUUAAUUUUAUAAAUGUCAGUUUGAAGCAAUAAAAUGAUAUUGAAUGUACAGAAGAAAAACUGAUUUUGAAAGCAGCGUGAGCUGCUAUUGGUCCUGUAGGACUCAAGCUAUAGGAAAUUUCACAAUCCAUAAUCUGCACUUAACCAGCACUUAUCUUAAAUAACUCUUGCUUCUUGUCUUUAUCCCUUUUGCUUUCCUCUAAUUAAAUGAAUGUUCAGUCAUCAAGUGCGUGUGUGUGUGUGUAUAAAUGUACAUGUGUUUUUGCACUGGCCAAAACUGAAUUACAGAGUAAGUUAACUUGCGGUUAUUUGUGAGAGCUGUGGGUGGAGAGAUGGACUGUCCGGUUUCUUUGUACAGACUGCAAAGUAUUUUGUUAUUUUAAUUUGAAUCAUUAAUCUCUAUAAAGGCCAAGUGCUUUGUAUCGUUUCAGUCGACACGUGCCAAAAAUCAUUCCAGUGUAUUUUUCUAGUUUACAAUGAAACGAACCGCUUCACAAAAGCAUGAAUGAAAUAUAAAGGGUAAAUAUUUUAAAACUUCAACUAUAUCUGGCAACGUAUAUAUUUUAAAUACGAGAUUAUGUAAUCGGAUAAGUUUUAUUUAAAAAUCUUGUGAUUUUUGUUAAGUGGGCCUUUAGUUUUUUUAAAAAAUUUUUUUAGAUGUGUACCUUAUUGGGCUCCUGGAGAGUGGUUUUUGGUAUAUUAAUUUCCAUUUUGUUUGUGUAAGUAUUAAAGUUUGCAGGUUCUUAAUUCAUCAGCUUUUCAAAACAUUUGCUUUUAAGUUCAUCUGGAAAGUCAGUGGGUGAUUACGGGGCCAGGAGCUCUGUAUAGUACGCUCCUUAAUCGCACCUCAUCUUUUAUUAUCCACUCAGACUUGAUGCUUACUGUUGUUUCCUACAUUCAUUCACAGUUCUUUUAUCUCCGUGCCGUAUUAAAUGCGCUGCCAAAGAAAGAUUUUCAGGCCUUAAACACACAAAUCUAGAAAAGAUUGCUAAUCUUUGCUUUCACCUAAUGUACAUAUAAAAUACAGGUAUGAUGGAGAAAAAGAGGUGGGAGGUUUUUGGUAAAGCAGUGUUUGUGAUUGGCUGUUCCUCUCUGGGAGCCAAUCAGAUGCUGGUGUAUUUCCUGCAGCGAUGACAGAUGCUCAGUGUAUUCGGCCUGUCGGUCAGCAUUAGCACACGAUACCUUUUGUACUGUAAUAUUUGUGCAUGUUUCAGCUUAACCAUGUUUCGGCAUUUUGCAUGAAGCUAGAAAUCUCUUAAGGCUGAACUGCAGACUGUAUGUAUUCCAGCUAAAAUAAUAAAGCAACUUGUUUGUAAAA